AUGUCUAGCAAGCUCGACAAGCCUCUCGACGACAUCGUCUCUGCUAAGCGCCAGUCUGCCCGUAAUCGCCGGGUUUCUCAGCGACGCUCUACCGGCUCAAACCCGGCUGCACCUGUGGGUGGUAUCCAGAAGAACUCCAGGCCGGCCCGUGGCGCUGCGGCCAAGCCUGCUCCCGCUAAGGCGACUGCCUCUGGUGAAAGCAAGGUCAUAGUCAGCAAUCUGCCCAGGGACGUCUCGGAGCAGCAGAUCAAGGAGUAUUUUGUCCAGGCCGUCGGCCCCAUUAAGCGCGUCGACCUCGUUUACGGUCCCAACUCGGUCAGCCGUGGCAUUGCCAACGUCACCUUUCACAAAGCCGACGGUGCUAGCAGGGCAUUCCAGAAGCUUAACGGCCUUCUUGUGGACAACCGUCCCAUCAAGAUUGAAAUUGUGGUCGGCGCCGCUCAGGCUGACAAGGUUAUGCCCCCUAUCAAAUCGUUGGCUGAGAGAACGGCCCAACCCAAGCCCCAACCCAAAUCCGCUGCAUCCGGUAAAGGUGGUGCUGGUGGUGGUGUAGGCAAAGCGAGCAAUGGCGCCAAGGGUGCCGCCAACAAGAAGCGACGCGGCCGCAGCGCUCGUCCUGCAAAGAAGACUGCCGACGAGCUCGAUACGGAAAUGGCCAACUAUUUCGCCAAGAGUGACGAAGGCGCCAACAAUGGUAGCGCUGCCGCUGGUGGCGACGCCCCUAUGGAGGACGAGAUUAUGUAA